AUGUCAGUCCAGUAUAGACAGAGUCUUUCGCCCGGUACUAGGCCCCUUUGGCGACCACUCGCCGUCCUCGCUUCGCUCGUCUUGGUCAGCGCCGAUGGCCAGCUCGACGCAACACGCCUCGGCACCUUCUAUACCGAUUUUCCCAUCUACAGAUCAGGAUCAGGCACCAAUGUCGUCAAAGUCGCAAUCGGCAAGCCCGGCGUUGCGGCUCAGCUCACCCUGUCUACGAAUGUCAACUUUGUUCAAGUCGCAUCGGAUCAGUGCGUCGACUGCGCGAAUGGUGUCGAUCUAUACAAUCCAUCCCGAUCAUCCUCGUGGACGUCGAGCUCGCAAGAACAGGUCAAUGUCGUCAUCUUCCCCCAGAUGCCCGAGGAUACGCUCACCCUCACAACCCGCCUGGGCACCGACAUCGUUCUCGACGCUAGAGGACAGGACCAGGUGCAAAAUCGCCAACAAUCCAUUCUAUCCACCAUGUUGAAUGCGGAAAAUUAUCCCCCAAACCAACCCGUGCCAAAGAACUUUGUCGUCGGAUUCGACAUCGACUCUUCCAAUGGCCAAGUAGGGGGCCGAGUUGGGAGCAUGCACUGGGGUGCCGCGCCGCAGGGGAGAUGGGUCGGCGAGUUCAACUGGUAUGAAACCAACCGCACCGUUGGAGGGUCAUGGGGUAUCCCCGUGGAGAACCUGCGCAUGGGCGGAAAUGUCUUGGACACGACCCAAUUCUACGCUACGAUAGAUCCCGGCUUUGAUGGCAUCUAUCUUCCCAGCCGCAUCGCCGAGCAGCUUUUCAAUAACGUUCAAGGGGUCCUCAGAGACGUUGACGAUCCUCGAAGAUGGGUGCAAGCGUGGACCAACAGCAGUGUGGCAGAAGAGCAGGGGGAGAUACGGCUUGGGUCCAGCUUUUUGAGCGGCAUCUACUCGGUCAUUUACUACUCGCCCAAUCAACAAUUCGUCGGAUUCGCCGGCAAGCCUGGCAGUGUCAACGACUUCAAUGUCGCUGCUCGCGCACGGGGCAUGCCAAACAUGAAUCUGGCGGGGAUACUCAUCGGCACCCUACUUGGCUCCCUCCUCAUCCUCUUUAUCAUCUGUUACGCUCGCAACAGAAGCACAUUCCAAUCCACGUGGGCUCGAGGUGUCCGACAAAUCCACCGCGCGCAAAUGAAUGCUGUGGUCAGGGCUUCCACCAUUCCGCCGCCGAUUAUGAGGCCCAUGCCACCGAUGAUGUCGAUGCCGAUGGGGAUGGGAAUGGGCAUGGGUCUGGGUCCUGGAAUGGGAAUGGGAAUGGUCCCUCCGGGAGUGCAAGGGCCGGGAAUGAUGGGGCCAGGGUACGGGUAUCCACAGCAGCUCCCUGCGUACCCCGACGCUCAACAACAUCCCUUUCUCCAGCAACAAGCAUCGCUGCAACAUCAACCGCCCGUAUACCAGCAACAAAGUACCUCACCCCUUCCCAGCAACGCCCGACAUCACCCCGCCCAAUCCCGCCAUCACAGCCUUCCAUCCGGAUCCGCCUUACCGUAUCGUCCAAACGGCCAUUACCCUUCCCCUCCCUCAGUAGAUACUACAGCUACACGUCGUCCCCGUGAUCGCCAUUCGGCUCCGCUUCCACCCAAUCCUUCCCAGCAUGCGCAUACGCGGGGAUCCGGCGACACUUCCGCGCACAUGCCCCUUCCCUCUAAGCGGCUCCCCCCUCAUCCGGAACAUCCGGACCAUCAUCGCUUCAGCCGGCCGGAGUACCAGCACGCCCCGCCUGGGUCGGCGACAAGCAAAUCAAUCUGGAAAUUUGGCAAGCCCGAAUCAAUGGCGAGGGGCUACGAGGCAGCUACGAGGCAUGCCUCUGCCCAGUCCGACGAUGGGGUGCAUCCAAUUGGGGAGGCUGGGGGAGAUCUCGGCGAUCCGAGAGGAAAUUGGAAGGAGGUGGAGCGGAAUCGCGAGCGGGAGGGAUUGACCGCACUCAACGCCUGGGGCAGAAGGACAUGA